GCCCAAAAUUUACUGGACACCCAAAUCAUAAGAAAACCCUAGCAUUACUAAAUUCCCAAAUCCCAAUCUAUUGUCCGGACUGUGAAAUCAGAGGGAAAACCCUAGCGAAAAUCGGAAUCAAAUAAUGGAUAUUCUGAAGCAGGAGUUGCAGAAGAAACGGGAAAGCCUGAAGGAGGACGUCGGCGGGAAGAAAUACUUCAAGCGCUCCGAGAUCGAGCAGAAACGCCUCCAGCGUCUCCGCGAAGAGGAAAAGCGCGAGGCCGAGGCCAAAUCCCUCCGCCACAAGCAGCUUCACCAGGACCAGCAUCAGAAGAACGACCCUAAUUCGUCAUCCAACCCUAGCUCCAAGGCUGAGAUCCCCAAAUCCACCCCCGACUCCUCCUCCUCCUCCAAAGCCCUAAUCGGAGAUCAGAACAUCGACAAUCUCAAUCUCCCCAGACAAGAAGUAAUCCGCCGCCUCCGAUUCCUGAAACAGCCCGUGACUCUCUUCGGAGAGGACGACGAGGCGAGGCUCGACCGUUUGAAGUUCGUGCUCAAGACCGGAUUGUUCGAGCUGGACGACAGUGAUAUGACGGAAGGGCAGACGAACGACUUUCUGCGGGAUAUUGUGGAGUUGAAGAAGAGGCAGAAGUCCGGGAUUUCGAGCGAUAGGAAGAGGAGGUCGAGGGACAACGGAGGGGAGGAUAACGACGGUGGAGAUGGGGACAAGGAUAUGAGUGGAGAUGGAGGGUCGUCUGACGUGGAUCAUGACAAGGAUUUGAAACGAAUGAAGUCCAAUUUUGAGGAGUUGUGUGAUGAGGAUAAGAUUUUGGUGUUUUUCAAAAAGUUGUUGAAUGAGUGGAAUCAGGAGCUGAAUGAAAUGGGCGAGACGGAGAAGAGGACGGCCAAAGGGAAGUCCAUGGUGGCAACGUUCAAACAGUGUGCUCGGUAUUUGAAUCCGCUCUUUAAGUUCUGCAGAAAGAAGGUUCUUCCGGAUGAUAUUCGACAAGCGUUGAUGUUGGUUGUAAACUGCUGUAUGAGGCGGGACUACCUAGCGGCAAUGGACCAUUACAUUAGAAUGGCAAUCGGAAAUGCUCCAUGGCCAAUUGGUGUUACUAUGGUUGGUAUUCACGAGCGUUCUGCACGUGAAAAGAUUUACACCAACAGUGUGGCCCACAUCAUGAACGACGAGACGACCCGUAAGUAUCUGCAGUCCAUUAAAAGACUGAUGACUUUCGCCCAACGGCGUUAUCCAACAAUGCCGUCCAAAGCUGUUGAGUUCAACAGCCUGGCUAAUGGCAGCGACUUGCAGUCGCUGUUAGCGGAGGAGGAGAAGCUAACUCGAGGGAAGCUUAAUUCUGAGGAGAGGCUUAUGCUUAUGCCUGCUUCAAAAGAUGAUUAGUUUACAUGUGUCUAAAUGAACGGUUGAGAUUUUGCCUUGAUAAUUCUCGUGUUCUUAGUCGAACUAAGGACGAAAAGUUGGAAAAGUGUAAUGAAUGAAUUGUAUUAUGAUUUCAUGACUUUAGCUUUGUGUUUCUCACAGUGUAAAUGGAAUGAUAAUGCAUGACGUUUAUGGUUCGU